CUCAGGGCUAGGUUUGCAGCUUAGCCCUGUAUGGAGCUUCGACUCCAUGGGGAACCAUCAUCUCCAUUGCAUACGACCGGGCCCCAAUUAACGGGACAAAUCCUCGCUGGGAACCAGGCUGUGAUAAAGCUUUGCAUACAAGGGACAUGCUCGCCCCCAGGGACGAUCGACCGUUGGAUAUGACGAAAGGUCUAUGGUUUUUGUAAGCUUUUUCGUUUUUCACCCCUCUCCCUCUCCCUCUUCCUCUCUCUUUCCUCACUUCUUUUCAUUCCUCAUAACUUCUCUUCAUUCACCAUGCUCAAAAACUCAUUCAUCUCCAUCCUCCUGGUCUGCAUCGCACUCCUGUCCCUUGUCUCUGCUCAGCUAUGUGGACCCGGUAACGGAGCCUGUAGUCCUGGCUACUGCUGCUCGGCCGCGGACUUCUGCGGUCAGACAGAGUUACACUGCGGUCAAGGAUGCCAGCCAGCCUUUGGCGUCUGUGGGAAUCCCUUCAGUCCCUCGCCCUCGCCCACCACGCAUUCCACCACCCGUUCUUCGACUUCCAGCUCCUCAGAGUCGACCUCCUCAAGAUCGUCGACCCGCAGUCCUACAACGACCUCCACAACAUUAACCACCACAACCACUUCGGAGACUACAACGACUACAACGACGACAACGACAACGACCAUAACCACACAGAGUACGUCCUCGGAAACUCCCUCGACUACCAAGGGAACAUUUCAGUUCCAGCCCACUGGUACGCCCAGUGGGGCGACUUCUUCGCAGGACAAGGGUGUCAAGUCAACAGUGGCCCUCGCCGUCGUUUUCUUUGCGGGACUGAUGAUGAUUUAGAAUUUCUCGUCGUCAAGAAUCCAUGCUCGUAUACCAACCCAGCAUGAUAAAUCUAUCAAGAGCAUACACACCACUCCAAAAACACCCUCCUCAUCCUUUAACUAGUAUCAUCAUCAUCAUAACUAUUAAUCCUAAUGUACAUUUUUUAUAUCUCAGC